GCCUGAAAUAAGUGCGCGCCCCAUGUUGUAGAUCCAUGUACGAAGUUUCGCCCGACUGACUCUCUCUCUCUGUGAAGAGGUCACGGCAAUUGAGAGGAGACUGGCGGACGCUGCAUACUGACUACUGAUCGCUCCCGCAGUUCUAGCUAGCCAUGGACAUCGGCCACGCUCUUCAUCAUCUCGGUAUAGGAUUCCGGAGGACAUUCUAUGUCUCGCUGUCGCGCGGAAAAUUGGUUGUCCUUGCGUACUGGAUUUAUGCGCUUCUUUUCCAAGCAUACCACUCACCCAGCAACAGAGCAACGCGUAUCGAGGAGAAAAUGUUGGGCUUUGGCUGUGCGCUACCAGCUUCGUGUGAACACAAUUACAGUAUCCAGGAGCGAGCGUCGCGCAAUGGCAGUGACGUGAUGAGAUUAUUUAAGGUUAACGUUACUUGGUGUUACUGCCUAGCCAAUACCAGUACAGGUAGUAGUACAUUACUAGAGUUCCGUGUUGAAAAGCUAGUAGUGCAUAACCAUGGCCGUGUACCCCCAGCCUGGUACCUCGUCAUCAUUUGCCUGGGGUUGACUGUGGUGAAGUUCUUGAAGCACCACUCAGAUGCAGUGCCAAGCGCGUUGGCAAAUGCCUGGAAAAGAAUACGACUCGGACAAUAUGCCAAUGUCACAAACAGAAGCAGACUAGCUGACAAUGAUUGGAACAGACGCUUGAUUGCUGAUGAAAUGUCAACCGCUGUCAGUUUAUCUCUAUCCCUUUUGGCUACUUUUGUGGACCCACCAUAUUUUUGGCAAUUGGAUCAGUUCGUCCCGAAUGACCAAUCCUUUGACGUUCCCGUUUCUUCGAUGUUCUGGUUGCAGGUAGCGUAUCUCACAUUUCUAUGGAUUUAUGCUGAGAUGGCGGAAUGUGCUAUUUUGCGUCCAGUGCAUAGAACAGACGACGCUAAGAACGCUCGUUGUGCUGUGUUAACGCCACACAAACAGGGAUGCGGUCGACUACUGAAGUGGAUAGAGGCUAGCACGACGGCAUUUCCGGAUAUAGCCAUUCUGCUGGCACUGUGGGCCACCACAAGCAAAGUAUAUAGCGGACAACUGGCGCAAGAGGUAUUAUUGUUCUUUGUAAACGACGUUACGGACUCUAAGAACAACUGGAGGAUGAAUAUGGUGUUUCAACCUGAGGCAUAUAUUGCUGCUUGCCUGGCUUUUGAAGUGAUGAGUUCCAGAGGUCUUGGACGUUUUGUUACCAUGAUCGUCGACACCAGAGUAUUCCCUGUUUCCAGGGAUAAGUUGAAUUGGGCAUUACUCAUGGCACGAGAAUUACACUGGAGUAUCAAACGCGGUGUAGGGGGGAGCGAUAAUGGUGCUAUCGGGAACUACCUAGUGCAAGCCGACACAACCCGUCGCAGAUCCGCAACAAGUUUCAUUAUCCAUGGCAUGGCGGAGGAGGAGGUCGACAGGAAACACACUGGAACCGAAUCGUCUGACGGGACUGAGGUCCUGAAUCUGCUCAGGAAUGUGUUUGGUCAGCGGCUGGCACCAGGGGACAUCAUAGGCACACGACGACUUGGUGAAUGCACCGGUCCCAAGGCGACAAAUACCCGCAGAUCAAGGCCGAUUCUUGUACAAACCAGAACACCUGAAGUCUGCCAGAAGGCGCUCAAUCUACGCAAAAGUGUUCAGUACAAGACUUUCUCAUCACAUCUGAACAUACAAAUCUCGGAGUACUUCAGCAAAGAGGAACUGGAGAUACAGCAGCGACUUCGGAGGCGAUUUGAAACAUUUCGAAAUCAGGGCUUGAUUUGCCACAUGCGCUCGACCUACAUCGAAAUCCUCAUGGAUACAACCGGGAUGACGCUGUACGUGUACAUGCCCGAAACCGUAGCAAAAGGGAACUGCUUGUCGCUCACAAAGACCUUUCCAGAUUCUUCAAAAAGCUCAGAUCCCGCCAAAGACGUGCACAGUCUGAGUAACACUAUCGGUCCCAUGGAGAGGUAUUUGCAAAGGGCCGAGAAGGAGCGGAGACGUACGGCAACCAGCCUGGUUAUUCACGGAAUCAAGGAGAAGAAGACUGAAUAUGUAGACGUCGUGCGUCUGCUGAGAGGUCUCCUUGACCAGCCACUAACACCUGGUUGCGUGAAACGUACCAAGCGACUUGGCAACCCCAGAAGCAACCCAGCCAACCCCAGACCCAUGCUAGUGCAAACAGCCACAGCAGACAUAUGCAAGAAGCUGCUCAGUCUGCGGCCCAGUGCACUAAACAGGACAUCAGGCAGCGGGAAGAACGUCUUCAUCUCCGAGUACUUCACCAGGGAAGAGCGCGCGGUUCAGCGACAACUCCAUCCAGCCUUCGUGGCCCUUCGCGCACUGGGCAAGCAGUGUUGUAUGCGCUCUGCUUACAUCGAAGUAGCUGAAACUACCGAUCAGCGCCAAGCCAUUCUGUAUCAUCCGGACACAGCGUGGAAUUUCGUCGAGUCUACACGUCUCUCCGGGAUUGACAGCCAUGCACCGGUACAGGCCGUCACCCUCGAGCACGAAUCAGGGUCGUAUGCACAGUGCGAAGAGCAGACAGCUCGACGGCGUCACGCUCCCUCUCCUGCGAGUACGGUGGCGAGUCCUGUCUGAAGAAUGCACUGCCGGCCACUCAGCGAUAGUGGAAACAAUGGUUUAGUUCGGGAUGAUAGCAGCUGAGUGUACAUAAAUUUACCGUCCAGGCUUAUACAAGCAUGUACUUGAUUACUUGAUUUAUACUAGUAUAACAGGCUCAAUCUUCCACCAGCAUGUACGGAUAUACAUAUAGGUUCCGCCUCAUUUUCUCUGUGCUGCGCUGAUGAGUUCACAACGGACGAAACAGUUCUGUACGCAGGUUGAGUAUUGCUAUUAGAUAGCUAAGGCAGUCAGAGCAUUCUGACGUUGCGUUCAGGACAAGAGCAGCUGAGAUACUACGUGGAACACACGCUUCCUGCCGAGCUUGACACUUGACUUGACUUUGAACUAUGGUGUCAGAACACUACUAUUUCUGUUUAGCCUAUAACACGAACCGGUAUCACGUAGUUUGAUUUACAUCUCAGAAGAGAUGUUAGAUUUUUUAAACUGUACAUACAUAUACAUUCCACUCAACAAGCUAUCAAUAUUCACUGGUUUGCUUUCACUACUUAUCCACUUUACAGGUAGUGCUGUACAUUAUAAUUACAUCCUCUGGAGAGUGGGGAUCGAGUGGGAAGAGUAAAUUUGCAAUUUUGAACCCAUUCAUUUUGUAUGGCCAUGUCCGCAACUUUUUCAUACUUUUUACUCAAUUUUUCUUAGCUUUCAGUAAAUGAAAUAUGUUCA